CAGUUAGCAGGUCCGUGGGAGCAGCCAUCUGAACCUGCAUUUGUGAAGAAAGCUCUGCCCUGUCCGCCAUGUAAAGUACCAAUACCAACAUCCUGUUUUGGAAAACAUGAGGUCAGUCCGGUGCCGUGUCAUCGUCGGGGUCCUUUCUCCUGCAAACGUCCUUGCGGACGACCUUUGACUUGCGGCAACCACGACUGCAGCAGGGAGUGCCAUGUAGUUACCGAGGGCAACAAGUGUGAAGUCUGUGAGGAGGACUGUUUGAAGCCCCGCCCCCCAGGCUGUCCACACCCCUGCCCGCGCCCCUGUCACCCGGGCGACUGCCCCCCCUGUGGUCAGAUGAUCCGCCAACGUUGCCACUGCAAGAUAAGCCUGCUCUACGUGGAGUGCAUGAAGUUGAUGUCGGCUGAUGAAAAGAAGAAGGUGGAGCUGAGCUCCUGCAACAACCAGUGUCCUAAAGAGCUGAACUGUGGUCAUCGCUGUAAGCAGGUGUGUCAUCCAGGUGUGUGUGAAGAGAAAUGUCAGCAGAAGGUGAAGCUGCGGUGUCCGUGCAAGAGGAUCAAGAAGGAGCUCCUCUGUUCCCUGUCGACUCAGUGUGAUGUUCAGUGUGAUGACACCUGCAGAGACCAGCAGAUGAGAGUCAGCCAGCUGAAGGAGGCGGAGCAAAGAGCAGCUCAGGAGGAGGAGCAGAGGAAACUUCAGGAGGAGCUGGAGGCGUUUGAGAAGCGUCAGCAGCGAGGAGGUCGGCGGAAUAAGAAGCGGGGGAGGAGGGAGGAGGUGGACGACGAGCAGGGGAGAGUGGGGAGGUGGUGGAGGAUGUGCGCCGCCGUCGUCCUCGUCCCACUGGGUGGAGCUCUGCUGUCCGCCGCAGCCUACUACCUCCUCACCACGGCCUGAGCCAACACGUGAACACACAUGUUGACAGGAACAUGUGAGCACAUGGCUGCGUCUCUCUGAACUUUCUCUUUUCAUUCUUUUGUCUCAUUCACUUGUUUUUCUGUCGUCUUUUUUUGAUUGUUCUUUCUUUUAUUAAACAGUUUUUGAAAUUUGAUGUAAAAUCAAUGAUUUAAAAAACCAGAUCUAGGGCUGAAGUUUAAGAUAAUUUUCAUUAUUGAUAAAUCAUUUUUUUUCCAUCAAUCGAUGAGCUGACAGUUGAUGAGGAAAAACAAUUUUUAUGAAUUUUAUCAUUUUUCAUCUCAGUUUGCGAACAAUUCACUGAUUUGGAGGAAAACCUGAAGAAGAAAUAAACACUCAACGACUCAAACAUCAAUCAACAUAAAAACAGAAACAGGAUGUGAUGUUGCUGUUGCUCUUUGAUUUAACGCUAUUGAUUAUCUUCUGUAUGUUUCGAAAAGUUUUGAUUCACAAAAUUCAUUUUUGGGUCAAAACCUGUAAUAGAUUUCUUCACUGAUGUGAAAUGUAAGUUUCUUUUGUUAAUUUGGUGAAAAAAAUUAAAUUAAAUAAAUAAAUAAAAAAGUUGAUAUUUUGAUGUGGAGACGUCUCCGUUAGAAAUGUCCGAAACUGUAAACACGUCUUACUUUGGUGCUGAGACAUUUAACAGAUGUUAGAACGUUAAGAUAUAAUUUUGUCUUUUUUUAAAAUGAAAAUAAAACGUAUAAAACUGU